AUGGCUACCACGCUCCGUGCGCCACUCGUGACUGGGCCGAUGGCCGGCGCGGCCGGCGGCGCGCUCGCCGCCGCCGUGUCGAAAGGCGGCGGCCUCGGCUUUAUGGGCGCAGGCUACUACAACCUGCAGAAACUCCACGAAGAGGUCGCCCAGGCGCGCGCCGUCUUUCCGAGCGGCCGCCUCCCAAUCGGCAUCGGCUUCCUGACGUGGCGCCUGACCAAGCUGGGCCAGAGCGAUGCACGGGCACUGGUCGAUGCGGCGAUCGAAAGCGCCCCGGCCGCCCUCUGGUUCUCGUACGGAGCCAAGGGCGAGUCCGAGUCCUGGUGCUCGUACGCCAAGCAGAAAGACGCCUCCCUCGAGCUCUACGUCACGGCCAACACCCUCCAGGAGGCACGCGACGCGGAGCAGAACAAGGACAUUGACGUGAUCGUCGUGCAGGGCCACGAGGCAGGCGGCCACGGCCUCGGACGCGCGCCGCCGCGCGACGUGCUCCUCAAAGACGUGCUGGGCUCGCGCACGAGCCAGGACAAGCGCGUGCUCUCCGCCGGCGGCCUCGCGGACGGCAACGAUAUUGCCGCGCAGCUCGCCCUCGGUGCGGACGGCGUCGUGCUCGGCACGCGCUUCCUGCUCACCCCGGAAGCCGCCUACUUGGACGACCAGAAGCAGCUCCUGGUACGCGCCGGGUCGCAGGACACGGUCCGCAGCAUGGCCUUUGACGAUGCGCGCGGCACGAUCGGCUGGCCGGAGGGAAUUGACGGCCGCGGCCUCCGCUGCGCGACCGUCGACGAGUACGAGCAGGCCGCCGCCGCCCACCCGGGCCUCGCGACCGUGCCCGGGAUUGAGGCGCGCCAGGAGCGCUACCGCCAGGCGCAGACGAACGGUGAGACGGAGCGCCUCGUUACCUGGUCGGGCACCGGUGUCGGCGCGAUGCACGACAUCGUCCCGGCUGCGGAGCUUAACGCGGCCGGCCGCGACGAAGAGGCGCUCGAGCUGGGCACCUUGCGCGGAAAGACAGAGCCUGGUGCAGAGAGUGAAUCGUCCCAGGCGCGCCUGCUGAGUGACGAGCGCUCCAGCGCUGCGCCGCGUGCCGAGAGCGGCUCGGCAGCGAGCGCCGUUGCGCCUGUGCUGAGCUACUGCGCGGCUAGUAUUUCGAUGACGGUGAUCAACAAGUUCACGGUCUCGGGUGCGGACUUCACGAUGAACCUUCUGGUGCUCCUGUGCCAGUGCUCGGUCGGCGUGCUGAUGGUCUAUGCAGCCAAGCUCCUCGGUUGGAUUAAGCUGCGCGACGUCAACUCGCGCGACGUCAAGACUUGGUUCCCCAUUUCGACCAUGCUGGUGUUUGUGAUCUGGACGGGAAGCAAGGCGCUGCAGUAUAUGGACAUCCCUAUCUACACCAUCUUUAAGAACUUGACCAUUAUUCUUAUCGCCUACGGCGAGGUGCUCUGGUUCGACGGGCGGAUCACGCGCCUGAUCUUUACCUCGUUUGUGCUCAUGGUAUUUUCUUCGGUCGUUGCGGCGUGGCCGGAUAUCAGCAGCUCGCUCGCGCCAUCGACCAUGCUGCACGCACGCGCCGCGGGCAACGCGCUGGGCGUCUACACCUCGUCGGCCGCGCCGACGCCGGUGUCGGUGCCCGCCGCCGCGUCCUGGUCCGGCCUGGGACAGAGCGGUUACUUUUGGAUGCUCGCCAACUGCCUGGUGAGCGCGACGUAUGUGCUGGUGAUGCGCAAGCGUAUCAAGCUCACCGGCUUCAAGGACUGGGACACGAUGUUUUACAACAACCUGCUUUCCAUCCCGGUGCUGGUCAUCAUGUCGCUCGCAGUGGAGAACUGGAGCUCGGCGACGCUGCAGCGCAACUUUCCCGAGGACCGUCGCGCGGGGCUCAUGUUUGCCAUCUUUUUGUCGGGCACGGGCGGUGUGUUUAUCAGCUACACGACCGCGUGGUGCAUCCGUACGACCAGCAGCACGACCUACAGCAUGGUCGGCGCGCUGAACAAGCUCCCGCUGGCAUUGAGCGGCAUGGUAUUCUUUGGCAACAAGGUCACGAUCUACAACUCGCUCGGCAUCGCGCUUGGCUUCCUCGCGGGCAUCAUCUACGCGGUCGGCAAAAAUAAGCAGGCCGAGUCCUCGCGCCUGGCCAACACGGCAGCGACGGGUGUCGAGUCUUCGCGGCAGACCGCUGGUGGCGGGCACGUCUCGGACCCCAAAGGCGUCAUUCCCACCCACACUCGCCAGCACGACCGCUCCGAAUAG